GCACUCGGCGGCUGCUCGCCAUGGACAGGACCCAGCGCUCCAAGUUCUGCCUCGUCCUCCUGCUGCUCGCGGUGCUGCCUGACUGUGCGCGGGGGACGCCCUGCGCCUGGGGGCGCGGAGAUUCUCACACUCUUCGCUAUAAUUUCAACAUUUCCUCUCAUAAACAACCAUGGUGCAUGGUCCAAGGACAGAUGGAUGGAGAGAAGUUUCCCUUAUAUGACUGUGGCAGCAAAGAGGUCAUAUCUAUGAAUCUCCUGAGGGAGGAGGGAAAGGCCAUGGAUUCCUGUAAAGAAGAGUUAGGUACCCUGAGUGACAUGGGAAAUGAAUUAAAACCAUUGCUGCCUGACAUUAAACAGGAGAAAGACACAGAUGGAGCUCCUCUCCCCCUGCAGGUCAGGAUGACGUGCCUGUGCAAAGCCGAUGGAAGCACCAGUGGAUCCUUGGAGUUUUCCUUGGGUGGAGAGAGGUUCCUUACCUUUGACUCUGAGACAGAAGAGUACAGAGCGGAUAAUUCCCUAGGUGAACGGCUGAAAAAGAAGUGGGAGAAUGAUAAGGAAUUGAAGAAAUUCUUCAAAAUGACCUUAAAGGGAGACUGCAAGGAAUUGCUUCAAUGCUCGGUGCACUGGAAGAAAGAGGUGGCGACAACAGGAGCAGGCGAAGCCACCAAAGCUAACUUGCACGAGACGGGGCUCCAGAUUCUGACACGGCAGCAUCUCCUCGACGGGUCGGGUACCCCUGAGACAGCCACUAGUCAGCAGCAGCAGCAGCAGCAGCAGCAGCAGCAGCAGCGGCGCCACCAGCAGGGAAAAGUGACAGUGAAAUACGAUCGCAAGGAGCUCCGGAAGCGGCUGGUGCUGGAGGAGUGGAUCGUGGAGCAGCUGGGACAGCUGUACGGCUGCGAGGAAGAAGAAAUGCCAGAUGUAGAAAUUGACAUUGAUGAUCUUCUUGAUGCAGACAGUGAAGAAGAGAGAGCUUUAAAACUACGGGAAGCUCUCGUAGAUUGCCACAAACCAACAGAGGAAUUUAUCAAGGAGCUGCUCUCUCGGAUAAGAGGCAUGAGGAAGCUGAGCCCCCCGCAGAAGAAGACUGUGUAAAAUUUAUGGAC